CAGUACCUGCUCCGUUGCAACAACCAGUGUCCGCUGACCAGCAUCCAACAUGGCUCGUCUCCUGCUCUUCACUACCCUAGCUGUUCUUGCCACACUGGCAGCUUGCGAUGAUGACUGUUACAGAAAGCAGGACGGAACAGCAAUCUACAGUGGAACAAAAUCUGUAACCGCAAGCGGAAAACAGUGUCAGGCUUGGUCCAGCCAGUCCCCGAACAUCCACUCCUACAGCCCAGAGGACUUCGACGUCACCAACGGCGCACCAAACCUCAGCUUCAACGCCAUCCGCAACUACUGCCGUGACCCUUCUGGAGGAGGCAUGCCUUCAUUAGGGCAACUGUGGUGCUACACAGCUGAUGAAGCAGGAUGGGAAACAUGCAUGGUUUCAAAGUGUUCCUAGCUGAUCCAAGGUGUUCCUAGGUGUUCCUUGGUGUUCCUAGGUGUUCCUAUGUUGUCCAAGGUCCUCCUUGGUGUUUAUAUGUGUACAGAACUAAAUCUCGGAUGUUGAAACAAAAUUUAAAUUGUAAACUUUGAUCAUUAUAAGAACAACGUGGAAUAAUAAAUAUGCAAGGAAAAACUGA